AGGCAGCUGUGCAGCCCGGUGCUUGGCGGCGGAGGUCUCCCAACACCCGAUGGGACCCCAGGCCGGUUGCUUCAGAAAUCACCCACCCCAGCAGUAUGUACACCUGGCUCAGGUGAGCUUCCUCAUUCAUGCCUUUGGCUCAGCCUUCACCCUGGAUCUGGAGCUCAACCAUCACCUGCUCUCCUCCCAUUAUGUGGAACGGCACUUUGAGGAGGACGGAAAUACAAGUUGCAGCACGGGCUCGGGGGAGCAUUGUUACUAUCAGGGCGGGCUCCGAGGGCAGGCUCGUUCCUUUGUGGCCCUUUCCAGCUGCCAAGGACUGCAUGGCGUCUUCUCGGAUGGGAGGGACACCUACCUGAUUGAGCCCUAUGGGCAAGCUGAGCACAGACAGCAGGGGCCUCAACCUCACCUGAUCCAACACAUGCCUGCUCCUCACCAUCGUCAGGGCUGCACAGAGCCAGGCUGUCUGGCUGCUGCGCUGAAUCACUAUGUCCCAGCCAGUUUACCAAAACUGAGGCGGCGGCGGCAGGUGCGGCGAGCUCAGCACACUGUCCACAGCGAGACCAAGUACAUUGAGCUUGUGGUGGUCAACGACCAUCAGCUGUUUGGGCAGCUACGCAAGUCUGUGUUCCUCACUAGCAACUUUGCCAAGUCUGUGGUGAACCUGGCUGACAUGAUCUACAGGGACCAGCUGAAUACCCGUAUUGUGCUGGUGGCCAUGGAAACGUGGGCCUCGGAGGACAAGAUCCGAGUGGAGGAAGAUCCGUUGGAGACCCUAGGCGAAUUCAUGAAAUACCGGAAGGAAGCCUUGCCAGAGCACAGUGACGCUGUCCACCUUUUCUCCGGCAGGACAUUCCUGAGCAGCCGCAGUGGGACUGCCUACGUCGGGGGGAUCUGCUCACUCACUCGUGGAGGGGGUAUCAAUGAGUAUGGGAAUGUUGGCACCAUGGCUGUGACUCUGGCUCAGACCCUUGGGCAGAACAUUGGCAUGAUGUGGAACAAGCACCGGAGCUCAGCAGGCGACUGCAGGUGUCCAGACUCUUGGCUGGGAUGCAUUAUGGAAGACACUGGCUACUACCAGCCUCAGAAGUUCUCACGCUGCAGCAUUGAUGAGUACAAUCAGUUCCUGCAGGAGGGUGGGGGAAGCUGCCUCUUCAACCAGCCCUUAAAGCUUCUGGACCCUCCUGAGUGUGGCAAUGGGUUUGUGGAGGCUGGUGAGGAAUGUGACUGUGGCUCCCUUGUGGAAUGUGCGAAGGGCGGGGGCAGCUGCUGCAAGAAGUGCACCCUGACCCAUGAUGCCAUGUGCAGUGACGGGCUCUGCUGCAGAGGCUGCAAGUACGAGCCACGGGGUAUGCCCUGCCGAGAGGCUGUGAAUGAGUGCGACAUUGCGGAGACCUGCACUGGGGACUCCAGCCAGUGCCCACCCAAUCUUCAUAAGCUGGAUGGCUACUUGUGUGAAAACGAGCAGGGCCGGUGCUAUGGUGGCAGGUGUAAAACCCGGGACAGGCAGUGCAAUGCGCUGUGGGGACGCGCUGCAGCUGACAGGUUUUGCUAUGAGAAGCUGAAUGUGGAAGGGACUGAAAGGGGGAACUGUGGGCGCAGUGGCCGGGGUUGGAUGCAGUGCAACAAGCAGGACGUUCUGUGCGGAUACCUUCUGUGCGCCAACAUCACAGGCACACCCCGCCUGGGCGAGCUCAGUGGGGAUAUCACCACCAUGACCUUCUACCACCAGAACAGAUACAUCGACUGCAGGGGUGGGCACGUCCAGCUGGUGGAUGGCUCUGACAUGAGCUAUGUGGAGGAUGGCACACCCUGUGGCCCCAGCAUGUUGUGUCUUGACCAUAAAUGCCUUCCAGUGUCAGCCUUUGACUUCAGCUCCUGCCCGGGCAGCUGGGAUGGGAAGAUCUGCUUUGAUCGUGGGGUCUGCAGCAAUGAGGGCAAAUGCAUCUGCCACGCUGACUGGACAGGCAAGGACUGCAGUGUCUACGACCCCAUCCCGGAGCCCAAGCCCACAGGCGAAACGGAGAAGUACAAGGGUCCCAGCGGCACCAAUAUCAUUAUCGGCUCCAUCGCUGGGGCUGUGCUGGUGGCUGCCAUUGUCCUAGGGGGGACUGGCUGGGGAUUUAAGAACAUCCGGAGAGGAAGGUACAACCCGGCUCAGCAGGGGGUGGUGUAGCUGCCUCUCAUCCAUCUGCCACCCACUGCCAUCCCACCCAUCACAUCACAUCCCAUCCCACCGCUGCUGUCACCGUCCUCCUCAUCAUCACCGUUGGCCUAGACUCUGCUGCCAGAUCCUUGCUGGAAGCUGUUCCUGGCCAGCCUUGAGGCACCUUAGCAGGGUCAUGCAUGGCACAGGCUGCUACCAAUGACCCCAUCGAUCCACCUCAGCUAUAGCACCAGCCUUGAGGCAUUGCCCUCUGCUGCCUGCCCCCUCCCUUAGGCUUGAACAGAUGUUUCAGGGCUCUCUCAGGUGUCCCGACAGGCAGAUCCCCUCCACCUGCUUGGUGCCUUGAGAGCACAGGCUUAAGGCAGUGGUGCCCAACUUCUUGGCCCCGCAGGCUGGAGGAGUGGUGUAGCAUUGGUCCAUGGGCUGGGUCCAGUGCACACCAGACUGGGCCCUAUCCUCAUGUGCCCAUGCCCUGAACCCAUGUGCAGGAUUGGGCCCCAGCCCCACACAUUCUGGAUUGGGUUUACUGGCCCACCUCUGGCUCCGCACAUGUUGGAUCAGGCCUGCCCUGACCCUAUGUGCACUGGAUUGGGACCCCAGCCCCAUGCAUGCUAGAUCGUGCCCACUGCCCUGGCCCUGUGAAUGGGGGACUUGAGCACCCCUGACGUAAGGCAAGGAAAGAGCAGACUGGACCAUGCCUGAGAGGCAAGCAGCAGUAGGGUCAGUCCCAAGGGGUCAGGACACUGAUCCCUCCAGUCCCUUGUCAAGGCCCCCAAAUGCUGCCUUCUUCAUGGACCUCACUCUGAUCCCAGCUGUGCUGGGGUGUUGACAUGCGAAUGGUGCACCCACGAGUAGCUGGCCGUGAGUUCACCUGAAAUACGGGCCCUGGGUAGCUGGCCUGGGCUCUCACUGGAGGGCCUGGAGUUGCAGUCUCCUGUGCACAGGCUUCCUGGGGGCAGUGAGGCUCCACCAGGCCUGCCCACAAGUGGAGCUGCCUGCUUUGGGCUGCCCUGGCAGCAGAAGUUGGGUCCUCCCCUCACAUGCAGCGGUGAUCCUCCCACCCAUUUCCUGUGUGUCAUAGUCAUAAGUCUCUCUCUGCCUGUGUGCAUCCCCUGUGUGCUGCACCCAUCUCUGGCCCCUGCACCUGCUUUGCUCUCCAUCCUCAGGAUGUGUAAAAGAGCCAGCUUGCUGCUAAGGCCAGAGCCCCAUAUCCUAUCAGCUCCUUUAAGGGGGUGCCCUGGAGUCAGAGGUGGGGGUGAAGCAGGGUCCCUAACCCAGAGUCCUGUGCUAGUCUCUGUGCGAGGAGACCCCCUGAUGGCUACUAUUGCUCAGGUUACUAGACACUUAGGGGUCCCUUGGCCUGUCCUGGAGGCACCAGACUGGCGUGACUGUGCUGACUCACCUUGGCACCAUUUAUUGCAUCACCCCAAAUAAUAAAGUCCCCAUAUUCGAGCUUGCUUCCUGCCAUGCAUGCACUCGCUGGCCCCUGCAACCUAAGCCUGGUAGUUUGGGCUCUGUGGCCAGUUCCCAGGAGAGGGCUCCAGCAGCACAUGAUGGAUACUGCUUGGAUCAGCCCCAUGUGUUGGGCACAAGCUUCCAGGGGGCCAUUUACCCUGUUGCAGUUGGGUCCCUAGCACAGCAGGGGCACAGAGGCCUGAGACAACCCCCUCCUCCCCCUCCCCCCAGCACAAUACGGGGAGCAGUGUAGUCACAGGCAGGGCUGGGGCCUGCGCCAUGCUCACUAUGGGGCAGCAGUGCAGGCCAUGCUGCUUCAAUUCAUACCUGGGUCCUCAGCCUACCAGUUGGUGCUUUGUGCCCAGAGGGGCACUGAAACCACAACACCAGUAUGGGGAAUAUGGGGGCCUUGUAGUUCUGGGUCAAAGUUUUGAGCCGAGGGUGAGGAGGGAGGAUCCCUUGACACCACCCCAGGCUUGGGGGCAUAGGUCCCUGCUCCAAGGGCCUGAAUCACAUUGGAUUGGAAAGGGCAGACUCAGAACCACCAAGUGGCCUGUGAGCAUCAUGGGGUGAUAGCCUUGUAUACUGGCUCUUUUAAAACCACUGGGGCAUUGCACAAAUGUGUCUUCACUCAUCUGCAUCGCCACCUGCACACUGCUGGCACUAAAGCACACCCCACUUCUAUGUUCCAGGUCAGGAGGGGCCUAGCGCAGCUGCCCACCUCUGCGGCAAGCAAGCGGCUCUGCCUGCCUGGCCUCGCCCCCGUGACGGGCAGGAGAGCUCACAAAACAAACCAGGCACCAAAACGGUGAUGCGAUUAAACAAGCCAACAAUCAGCGCAAGUCUUCCACUGCGCCCCGCUGCUGCUAGGCCACCGGAGGAGUGUGCCUGAGGCUGCCCACACAGCAAGUGAGCAGGGAGUGGGUGCGUGGCCUUGCCCCACGGGGACCCCUGCCUGGAUAAGCACUGCUCAGCCCCCUCCCACCCACGGCCGGCCACGCGCAUGCUCUCCUUGUCUCGGUCUCAAGCUUUCUGUCCUGAACAAGGGACCAGCUGCCUGUCCCUGCCUGAAUGUAGCUUCCACCCUCAUGGCACUGACUUGCAUCCCUCGCUGUGCUCUCAUGAAGGAAUGUACCCGUUUGGCCCCUUUGGGAGGGCCCUGCCUGCCUGGCGAGCU